CCGUUGGCCGCCAUGGUAACGGUGAGACGCUAAGCUAAGCUAAUACCAUAGCUAAAUAUGGUACUUGGGGCUAACGUAAAUAGCAUGUUGAUACGCUACGUUUUGUCAAAAUACGCUCUCAGUUACUUAGCAAAGGUUUAUCUGUGUUUGUCUCACAGUGUGUUGUUGUGAGCGUUUACUCACACUAGUCAUUGGGCGCAUUCACUCAUGUUACCUUACCAUCUAGCUAUGCUAGCUUGAGCAUUAGCUAACGUUAGCUGGACUUGACAACACAUAGCUAGCCCCUGACUACGAACGAUAUUUAUAUCGUUUCCCAUGGCUUUCUAUGAAGUCUAUUCCCACCCGGCUUUGAUUCGGUACAAAACGAGCGUUUGCACGAAAGCUACUCUGUUUCUGGUUGUUGUUUUGUGCCUCACCUACAUCCCGCCUCUGCUCGCUGCCUACAGGAGCCAAGGUUUCUGGAUAAAAAGAAUGUCUUACGAGGAACAGCCGGUUGUGAGGUUUCAGUACCAGACUCUGCUGGUGGCAGCAACCAGUACUCAGGGAGACUACGUCGCUUGGAGCACCUUUCCCCAUCUAAACAACAUGCUUGGUGCCAACCUCCGGAUGCCUGCUGUCUCUGUGCGAGAAGAGGACCAAAACCAGGAUGGGAAGUUGGACCUCCUGAUUUUUCAACUGGAGCUUCCUCUAAAACCUGAGGAACAGGUGUACAGUGUACAACUGCUGCUCACCUUCAGCUACAAGCUCUUUCGGAUGUCCACAGUGGUGAUGCAGAGCCUGGCUUAUGUGCAGCACUCUUCUUCUGUCCCCGGAGCUAAGCUGUUCAUCAGCGGAGACCUGAGGCUGAUGCAGAGGACACCCCUGCCUCACCGGGGACUGUACAACAUUUACAAUGUGUCAGUGAUCGACGGCUCCAGCCCCUUUGCAAGUGCGUAUGACCUGGACAACAUAAUUAGGAGCUACCAGGACAGAAACUUGACCACAGUACUGUCCUGUCCCAUGCCGGUCUGGACUGUGGGGCGAGCUGCUGGAUCUCCCUUUCAGCUUAAUGCUGAGAUCCGGUACCCUAUGGAGGUCAUAAGCUAUCGUCCUGGCUUCUGGGAAACCAUCAAAUUUGCCUGGAUUCAAUACGUCAGUGUCCUCCUCAUCUUCCUCUGGGUCUUUGAACGGAUACAGAGAUUUGUUUUCCAGAACCAGGUUCUAACCACCGUACCCAUACCUUUGGGAAAACCUCACCUGUCAUGAUGCAGUGGUAGUGCUUUGACCCCCAGGGAUCCAUGAACCAGCAGACCAUUACAUUACAUUCUCCUCACUGGGACCAACACUGAUGCUGUUUGACUCAAAUGUAGUACCAAAAUCAAUGACUCUUUGACUUUUAAUAAGUAGCCAUUAGGUCAGUUUUCUAAUUACAUUAUGGCAUACAUAAACAUCAAAUUCUUCCUUUUAUCACUACAUGAUUUGUCUUACUAGUUUGAACUCAUCACUGAACAAGUAUGAGCAAUGGACCUCCCAACAACUUUGAACUGUAUUUCUUUAGAGAUGUGGAUGUAUUUUCUACAAACAUGCACAAAUUAAUUCACAUCAUAACCUUUUCCUGGACUGGUUUCUAUGCAGGCCCUCCUACAGAAGGUACACUAGUUCUGGCCCUGGAAAAUGCAUUUCUUUUCCUGCUUUGUGAAGCAAUGGCUAUGUAUAGAAAAUAUCAAUAGAUUUGCUAUAUUUUUACAAUUUGUAUGUUUAUGACAAUUUGUGACAUCAAUUAAAGAAAUUCUCUGAUCAUUUUUGUAUUGUAUUGUUAGUUUUAGGUCAUGGAUAAUAAAGUAUUUGUACAUUUCAACAUGUAUCUCCGCAACCAUAA